UAAUUAUGACAUUAAACAUAACCUUUCUUAUUCCAUAACUGUUAGUGCACAAUUUUAGGGUUUGUUUUGUAUAAAAAUGUUACAAUCUCGUUUGGUUGCGGCUUUGAAAAGCCUGAGUAUAGGCCAAGGAGUUUGUAGAAUCAGUGCUCAGCCCUUAUCCACUACAGCAGCAAAAUGUAGACAAGUUGAAGAUCGCAGGGAGAUGCUGAAGUCUUUGCCUGCAAUUGAUGAGGGUACAUCUGGAGAGAAAGCAGUUGAUAUUGAUUCAAUGAUACACCAUAAGGAUAUUUUCCCAAAUUUGGACACCCCUAACAUGAUGUUCAAUGGGACCCCAUUCAAGGAACUUCCUAUAUUUAAUAUCAGAGUGUCUUCAAAUAACACAGUUUUCAGUUUAACAGAUUAUAAAGGAACUCCAAAGAUAAUCAGAUCAUGUGGUAUUGAGGGAUUCAAGAAUGCUAGGAAAGGAACAAAUAUUGCAGCUCAGGCUACUGCUAUUAGUGUAGCAACUAGAGCUUUGGAGAAGGGUAUUAAAACAAUUCGCGUUAGAGUUAGGGGAAUUGGACCAGGAAGAAUGUCAGCAAUUAAAGGACUGCAAAUGGCUGGAAUGGAUAUAGUGUCAAUUACUGAUAGUACACCUGUCGCAUGGGAUCCUCCAAGGCCACGAAAACAGAGGAAGUUGUAAAUUAUAAAUUUUGUACAGUUUGCGUUAAUAAAUAGUUUAUUUGAAAGUA